AUGGCAGGGCCUUGGACGCCACAAUCAGUAGAGAGACAGUUGCGUGAAGAUUUGAAUGCGAUUUCUGAUUUCUUAGGAGACAAGAAGUUCCUAUUUGGUGACGAUGCAUGCGCCGCGAAUUGCGCCGUGUUCAAUCAACUGUGUCAGGUGAUGUGGCACGUGCCCAGUGUGAGUAGCUUUGUUUUAGAGUCUUUGCCGAACUUGAAGAGUUACAUUGAGCGCAUGCGCAGUGCGUACUGGCCAGACUGGGACGAAUGUGUCACCGACUACUUCACAAAAGAAGCGACAAAAUAA